AUGGCGGAUACCAUGGGGAACGAAAAUACUAAUAUUCAAGAAUCAAAUGAAGAACUGCCUACAGAUCUCGAUGCCAUUAGCGAGGAGGAUAAAAAGAAAGCAGAAGAACUGAAAGAAGAAGCCAAUUUAUUCUUCAAAAAUGAAGAUUACACCAGAGCCAUCGAUAAAUACUCAGAAGCCAUCAAGUUGAACCCAUUUGUCGCAGCCUACUAUGGGAACAGAAGUUUUGCAUAUCUACGGACAGAAUGUUUUGGAUAUGCCCUUUCAGAUGCUUCAAAAGCAUUAGCCCUUGACAAGAACUAUUUAAAGGCUUAUUAUAGACGGGCAUCUGCAAAUAUGGCACUGGGGAAAUUUAAGCUGGCACUGAAAGAUUUUGAAGCAGUGACAAAGGCACGUCCAAAUGAUAAGGAUGCUCGCAUGAAAUAUGAUGAAUGCAAUAAAAUAUGUAAAAGACUUGCUUUUGAAAAAGCAAUUGCUAGUGACGAUGGGAAGUGUGUAGCAGACAGUAUUGAUAUCAAUAGCUUAGUAAUUGAAGCAAGCUAUGAUGGGCCACAUUUACAAGAUGGCAAAGUGACCAAAGAGUUUGUCGACGAUCUCCUGGAAGCUUACAAAGAUCAGAAGAAGCUUCCAAAGAAAUAUGUAUGCCAGAUUUUAAUACAAGCCAAGAAAAUUUUCAGUCAGCAGGAAUCCCUAGUUUACAUUGAUGUUCCAAAUAAAUCAAAGUUUACCAUUUGUGGUGACAUUCAUGGUCAGUUUUAUGAUCUGCUUAAUAUCUUCAAAAUGAACGGCAAGCCUUCAGAAGAAAAUCCAUAUCUGUUCAACGGUGAUUUUGUUGACAGAGGUUCAUUCUCUGUAGAGUGCAUUAUGACUUUGCUCAGCUACAAGUUGCUGUACCCAAACCAUUUUUUCAUGGCUAGAGGCAACCAUGAGAGCUUAACAAUGAACCAGAUGUAUGGGUUUGAAGGGGAAGUCAAGUCCAAAUACUCAUUACAGCUCUGUGAACUCUUCACUGAAGUCUUUAACUGGCUUCCUCUUGCCCACUGUAUUAAUAAAAAGAUUCUGGUCAUGCAUGGUGGCCUGUUUUCUUCAGAUGAUGUAACAUUAGAUGAUAUUGCUAAAACACCCAGGAACAGGCAGCCACCAGAGAACGGUAUCAUGUGUGAGCUGUUGUGGUCAGACCCCCAGCCACAGAAUGGACGUUCUCCGAGUAAACGAGGAGUAGGUGUACAGUUUGGGCCAGAUGUCACCAAGCGGUUCUUAGAGCGGAAUAAUCUAGACUAUAUUGUGCGUAGUCAUGAAGUGAAGAAUGAAGGCUACGAGUGCAUGCAUGAUGGCAAGUGUAUCACUGUCUUUUCUGCACCAAAUUACUGUGAUUCCAUGGGAAACAAAGGGGCCUACAUCAAUAUAACAGGGGAUAACCUCAAGCCUAAGUUCACAUCCUAUGAAGCAGUGCCACAUCCAAACGUGAAACCAAUGGCCUAUGCAAACCCAUUCUUCGGUUUGUUUUAG